AUGCCAGCAGCUCAACCACCCACAGGCGUCACCACCGGCGCCAACGCUGUCUGCGACUCGCAACCGCUCAAACAAUGUCUUGACCGCAACAACGGCGAUAGGUCGAAGUGUCUGAAGGAAUGGGAAGACUUUAAGCGUGAAUGCAUGACGAAGAAGAUGCCGCCGGCGGCUUCGGCAACGCGACGAGGGGUGAUCAUACCCAAUCCGGUAGAGAUUGUCAAAUCAGGACGCACGCUUUCCAUGGCCCAAUGUGGCCGCUGA